CUCAAACCCAACUAAAAUUAACUUUGUGUGCGAGAGACUCAUCAGUGUGGCACACACCGUCACGUAUGCUCCCAAAAUAAGUAUAACAUCACUAUUUUCCACCAACAAAUCUAGCAGAGCGAUGACAUGAGCCUACCACCCUCCAAACAAAGUGCUGGCGAGGAUCCAACUUCAUCCAAACGAAACAGUGGCCUGUUCGCGUUUUUCAAAUGGUUCAAGUCGAGUGCCUCGCGAGAGAGCAUCAAUUCCGAUCUGCAAUCGAGUGAUUCCAGCAGUUGUGAUAGUUUGUCGAGUGUGGAAAGUGGAGGAACCGUAGCGUCGUUCUCCUUCGUGCCUCCAAAUGCUUACGCGAACAUCACCAAGGAGAAGACCAUUGCGGCUGGACCAGAGACCGACACCUAUAAAGCGAGGUUGAAGCAGCGCGAUAAGCGACGUGAAAACGAUAAAAACCUCACGCUACGCAAAAAAUACAACCUCUUCUUCAACCGCGAAACCCUCCUCAAAAACCUGGUGAAGCAGCAGAAAGACAACACCAAAAGUCUACCACUGAUGACCAAAACCAUCAACGAACAAAUAAACUUGGAAGAUAAAGCCCAUAGGCGCACCAACAGCGAUUCCUCCAAAACCAAGAAAGCUGGGGCGUAUCUGCACGUGAAAGGCAAACGUAGAGCCCCGCAGCCCCCUCAAAAAUCGCAAUCGACCCCGUCGACGAUGUCUUUGAAACGCAAGAAGCGCUUGGCUCCGCCGCCGCCGGAAAAAUCCACCUCCGAGACGAUCAUUUACGCCGACGCUGACGUUAUUUGCAAUGACUCACUCGCCCUCGAUCGCGGCGUGCUAAAGCCACUGAAAAACAAAGAAGUUGCGGACGAAAAUAGCCGGCAACAAGCCGGCACGUCUUCGGCUAGAAGUAGUUUCGUAGAGGCGCCCGUUUCGCCUAGACCUUGGUACAAACGACACACUUCGCACAAAGACAAAAAAGAGAUUGCACACAAGAAGGAACUUCCGGAAACUCAGAUUCCAGACUUGACCCUGGAUGACGCGAAAGAAGCGAACAAGAAGAGGAAAUCCGGGAUAUCGUACCUGGCGAACAUAAGUGAGCUGGAUCGGGAAGCGGCGGAAAUAAUAAGGAAGGAGCAGCAGCAAUCGCUACAGGAAAUGCCUGAGUUCAUGCGACCUCGCCAAGAAGCAAAACCAAACACCGACAGUUGGGUAUCGCCCAAAAGGCGCUCAGCUAGGGAUCUGAUAGCGAAGUUCAACGCCAUAACCAGCGUCACCAAGGUGACUGUGUUUGGUGCUAAGGAGUCGAAGAAGGAUUACUUUGGCAAACAGCACAGCUUGGAUGAAAGCAAGCAGAGGCAGGAGAGCAUGCUGGAGAGCCACAAGAAGCGUUUGGAGCAAAUUGAUAAGAAGAAUAUUCUGAUGAAAUCCGAAAGUGCUAAUGCUAUCAAAGUAAAACCUGACACGCCCAAAUUGGAAAGGAAAAGUUGGGUUUGUCCCAAAUGUAACGUGGAUAAUGAUUACUGGAGGAUAAUAUGUCAUGUUUGCUCCAACAUAAAACCCUAUUUUGAUGAUUUCUACGCCAAUAAACAAAGCGACACAAAGUUGAAUGAGUUGAAGACUGCUAGUCCUUUAGAAAUACGCAAGAAUACCACGCAGAUAAAUGAAAACCCUUUGGAGAGAAGUAAAACUCAAAUAGGGUUCUCAGCGUUGGCCACUUAUAACAACGCCAAAAAUAAUAAUACAAAGAAAUCAACCGUUGAGAAAAGUGGCGACGAGAAAAGGGAGGAAAAGGAGAAACUCAAGAAGAUGUUGAUCGAGAUGAAGAACUCCCUACCGAAGAGAAAAUCCAACAUGCUCAUGAAGCAGAACAGCAGGGCCAGUAUUAUAAUGGAAAACCCCGAACAAAAAAGCGAAGACAAAACACCCGAAGGGAAAACGCAGGAGCAACAAGUUGUGGAAAUUUUAAUCGGUACCUCGGAAACGAUAUACGAGAACAUAAAAGUGAAAAAAACCGACAACCCCAAACCGAUUAAAGUGUCAUCGUCGGCCCAAACCAGUGCAAUCCCGAAAAAAUUGGUCCCUCCAAACACAAUAUCCAGCAUAUUAAAGUUGGAGGAAUCAAAACGCAACAACUUCGAAUUAAUGCGCCCGAAGGACUUCGAAGACAUCUACAGCGACAAAAACUCAAAAUCCGCCGCCAGAAUAUACGCCAACAUGGCGCAAAGUGAAGAGUUGUCCCUGUUCUUCAACGUGCCCAAAAAAAUGAGCGAUUUGAAGAGCGACAUGAGUCAGGCGGACGUGAACACUGACACCAUCGAAAUCAACAGGUUGCUGAGGAGAUUGGAGACGGCCAUCGCCAAAGGCGAUUUGACCGAAGCAGCAAGUUUUGCCAAGGAGUUGGCCCACCUCAAGGUCAACUGUUCCGUCGUAAGGCAGAAGAACGAAGAUGGAGGAGGCUUGAUCAAAGAGAAGAAAAUCGGCUUUCAGAUAGAAAUGUACGUGGAGGAUAAGAUAUCGCACAGAGGUCCUUUUCCUAUUCAAGUCACAGAAAAUCAGACCGUUGCGGAGUUGAAGCAGCAAAUAGAAAAGGAGUUCGAGAUACCAGCUGAUGUUCAAAGGUGGAUUCUGGGGAAGGAGUUGGUGACCAACGAUAAUGCCACUUUGAAAGAUCACAAGGUCACCUCCGAAGGAUGUCCAGUGUUUUUGUAUCUUGUAGCUCCAGAUGCUGAGAAAAGAAAAUCGCAAAUUCUAAAACCAGAAGACGUACCUGCAAUCCCGAACAAAGAAACAAAUGAGUCAGCUGAUAAAUUAGUCAAGAAAGAGAAUGAGCUUCCAAAAAUAGUGCAAGUCAUACCAAAAGUUGUAGAAACUAUCAAGACUGAAAACACUACCUCAGAAAAUACUGGCAAAGUAACUAAAGUUUUGGUGACAAGUAAGUCGAGUGAAGGUAGCUCGUCCAAUCAAGCAAACUUACCGGUGAAAAUAAAUGAAGUUAAGGUGAAACCAAGUACUUCGAACGAGAAUAAACCAAGUUCUGUUAAACCAGAGGUGGUUAAAAGUGAAUUGAUGAUUGCCAGCGUCACCACGCACCUUCCAGUGUUGCAACACAAGAUCUUGGAGGAAAAAAUUGAUGUUGAGGUACGAGAUUUAGCAAGUGGGGGUCCACGAAUCUCACCGAAGAAGGCAGUUCUUGAAGAAGACUUUGACGAAUACAAAAACAACACUCUUACCCCAAAAGAGUGGGAAUGCUGCGUCUGCACUUUGUUGAACCCUGUCACUUCAAGCAUAUGCAACGCCUGCUCUGCGAUUCGAGUUAAAGCUCCAGCGAAAAAGAGCGUAAAAUUGAAAAAGGCCCCACAGCCUCAACAAACUUACCAACAACUGAUGAGUUUGGAUAACGACGAUCUGGUGGAGAACAACGAAGUUUUCGAGUGCUUGGUUUGUUUCACGGAAGUCCCAAUCAAACAGGGUGUAACUUUAAGGGAGUGCCUGCAUCAGUUUUGCAAGGAAUGCCUUGCGCACACCGUAGAAUAUUCCGAAGAAGCGGAAGUGAAAUGUCCUUACAGAGACAGUGACUACUCCUGCAACAUUGCCUUACAAGACCGGGAAAUAAAAGCUCUUGUUAGGCCGGAAAUAUACGACCAAUUUUUGGCGAAAUCCAUCACACAAGCAGAAAACAAAACCGAUAAGUCCUUUCACUGCAAGACUCCCGAUUGCAAAGGUUGGUGCAUUUUUGAGGAUAACGUCAAUGAGUUCAGGUGCCCUGUUUGCAGAAGAACAAAUUGUCUGACAUGUCAGGCCAUUCACAUGGGCGAAAAUUGCAAACAAUACCAGGAACGCGUCAAGGACAAAUCGGAGAACGACGAGGAGGCGAAAAGAACGAAGGAAUGGCUCGAGGAAAUGGUAAACAAAGGUGAGGCGCUCACUUGCCCCACGUGCAAGGUGGUUCUGAUGAAAAAAUGGGGCUGCGACUGGCUGAGAUGCUCCAUGUGCAAAACGGAGAUCUGCUGGGUGACGAGGGGGCCCAGGUGGGGACCGGCGGGCAAAGGGGACACCUCGGGGGGCUUUCCAACACAAAAAGCCAGAAUGACGAUAGGCAAGAAUAACAAGAUGAUCCAACACAUAAACUACAGAGUGAGGGUCACUCUGCAAGACUCGCGAACGUUCAUAGGAACUUUCAAAGCGUUCGACAAGCACAUGAACAUGAUUCUGGGCGAUUGCGAGGAGUUCCGCAAGAUAAAAGCGAAAAACUCCAAAGUGGAGCGGGAGGAGAAAAGAGUUUUAGGUUUUGUCUUGCUGAGAGGGGAAAGCAUCGUCUCUUUGACAGUGGAAGGCCCCCCACCCCCGGAAGAAGGCCUCCCUCGCGUCCCCAUACCUGGAGCAGCCCCAGGGCCCGGAAUUGGCAAAACAGCCGGCCGUGGUAUGCCAGCGGGCAUGGCUGGAGUCCCGGUGGGGCUACAGGGACCCGUAAGGGGCGUUGGAGGCCCCUCUCAGCAGGUGAUGACGCCUGGAGGCAGGGGGCAGGUGGCGGCACCUCCACAAAUGAAUCAGGGACCUCCGAGAAUGGGGGGACCACCUCCAGGCAUGAUGGGGCCCCCUCCUGGUAUGAUGGGUAUGCCCCCAAAUAUGGGGAUGGGACGUGGGGGACCCCCACCACCAAUGGGUAUGAGGGGACCCCCACCUGGUAUGAUGAGAGGGGGCCCACCUGGACCUCCAAGACCAUACUAGAUUUAAGUUUAAUUAGGUUUAUUCAAUAAAUUUAUUGUAAUAUGAUUUUUUUGUCCACAAUUUUUAAUAAUAUUUUAAGUUUUUAUAGAAUUAAUUUUUUCUUGGACAAACAGAAAAACUAUUUCAAUAAUAUGCUGUAAGGUUUUACUAUUAAUAUAAAUAGGUAUUCAUAA